AUGAAUAAGAGAAGUGGUGAAGAAGACAAGGGUCGGUUCAACGCCAAGAUCAAACGGCGUAGUAUACAAGGUCUACAACAGGACGAAGAAGCGAGAUACAACCAGGCAGAGGCGAUGAGAGAAGAGGCGAGAUACAACCAGGAAGUGGCGAUGAGAGAAGAGGCGAGAUACAACCAGGAAGUGGCGAUGAGAGAAGAGGCGGGAUACAACCAGGAAGUGGCGAUGAGAGAAGAGGCGGGAUACAACCAGGCAGUGGCGAUGAGAGAAGAGGCGGAAUACAACCAGGCAGUGGCGAUGAGAGAAGAGGCGGGAUACAACCAGGCAGUGGCGAUGAGAGAAGAGGCGAGAUACAACCAGGCAGUGGCGAUGAGAGAAGAGGCGGGAUACAACCAGGCAGUGGCGAUGAGAGAAUAG